AUGGGUAGAGCUGAUAAAUUGAAAGCCUUGAGGGCAGCAAGAGCUGCUGGUUCAAGUAAAGAUGUCUAUAUGGAAGAAGAACCUCAAGAUAUUUAUGAUAUGGUGGAUGAAGAUGAUUAUAGAGCUAAGAGACGUGAUGACUUGUUAAAAGAUGAUUUCGUUAUCGAUGAUAAUGGUGAAGGUUAUGUUGAUACUGGUGCUGAUGAAUGGGAUGGUAAAGGAAGACAUCAUUAUUAUUCAAGUGAAGAUGAACAAAUGGAUCAAAAACCAAAGAAGAAACAAAAAGUUAAAAAAUCUGCUCCAAUCAACAAUUUCUUUAAACCAAGUGCUUCAGUUGCUAUGCCUGCCAAAAAGAAAGUUGAUGCUAAAUUUGAUGAUAUUUUGGAUGAUUUUAUGGCUCCUGCUCAGAAAAGUAAAAAUUUAUUCAAUUCAUCAACUACUAAAGCUACUCCAUUAUUCAAUUCAACUGAAAAAGUCAACAAUCGUCGUGAUUUCUUUUCUAUACCGAAAAGUACAAGUAAAACACCACUUGUGAGGAAAAAAAUACAAAACACUUCAUUUGAUUUAGAUGAUGAUUUAUCAUUUGAUAUUAAUGAAACUUCAUUUGAUAACCAUAUGGAUGAUUCUCCAACAAGACAAAGAAAUAUGAAAUCUGAAUCACCAGCUGCUCCAUCACCAGCUGCUUCUUCAUUUGAAUUACCAACUAUUGAAAAAGAAGCACCAAAACCUGAACCAAAGAAAUUAGAUGACGAUGAAGAAGAUUCUGAAGAGGAACUUGUUGUUGUUAAGAGACCAAGAGCUUCAGCUAAGAAUGUUAACCGUUCAGUUAAUAUGAAUGCAUCUGCUAGAGCUGAACCAAAACGUGAAGAACCAAAAGAAGAACUUUCAUUGACAUCAUCACCAACAAGUUCAUAUAUACCAUCAAGUGAUAAAAUUGAUCAAAAUUUGGUUUCUGAUGAUUCAAAAUCUUUUAAAAUGUAUUGGUUGGAUUAUACUGAAGUUGAAAACACAUUAAUUUUAUUUGGUAAAGUUUUAACAACAGAUAAACAACUUGUUUCUGCAAUGGUUCAAGUUAAAAAUUUCAAUAGAGAAUUAUUUUUCUUACCAAGAGAUUAUAGAUUAGUUGAUGGUGAAGCUACUGAUGAAGCAGUUACACCCUCUGAUGUUCGUGAUGAAAUUCAACCUUUAAUUUUAGAACAAUAUGGUCUUACUUCAUUAAGAACAAAAGAGGAAACUAGAAAAUAUGCAUUUGAAAUGCCAGGUAUUCCAAAAGAAAAAGAUUAUUUAAAAAUAUUAUUACCAUUUCAACCACCAAAGAAUGCUAAAAAAACUUUACCAUCUGAUCUUGAAGGUGAAACUUUUUCUCAUGUUUUCGGUACAAGUGCAAAUAUUUUUGAAACUUUUGUUUUACAAAGAAAUAUUAUGGGUCCAUGUUGGUUAGAAAUUAAAAAUGCAAACUUUGAUGAUGUUAAAAAUACAUCUCAUUGUAAAUUAGAAGUUUCAGUUAAUAAUCCAAAUUUUGUUACACCAAUUGAAAAAUCAACUCCAGAAUUCAAUAUUGCACCACCUCCAUUAACUUCAUGUUCAAUUUCUGUUCAAACUAUGAUGAAUCAAAAGGAAAAUAGACAAGAAGUUAUUGCUGUUACUUUAGCUACUUAUAGAAACUUACCUCAAGAUGCACCAGUUGAUGAAAAUUUAAAACCAAAUGAUUUGAUCACUUUAACAAGACCAAUUGCUGCUUCAUUCCCACCAGGUUUAAAAGCUAUUGCUGAUAAAAAUAAAUUACCAUUAAGAGUUUUCAACAAUGAAAAACCAUUAUUAAAUUGUCUUGCAGCUUUAGUUAAAUUAGCAGAUCCAGAUGUCUUCAUUGGUCAUAGAUUGGAAAAUAUUUCAUUAGAUAUUUUAUUACAUCGUAUGCAUGAUUUAAAAGUUCCAACAUUUAGUACAUUUGGUCGUCGUCAAAGAAAACAAUGGCCUGAUAGAUUUGGUAAAAAUAAUGCAAACACAAGUUUCUUAGUUAAAGAAAUUUUUGCAGGUAGAUUAUUAUGUGAUAUUUCAAAUGAAAUGGGUCAAUCAUUAACAACAAAAUGUCAAUCAUGGGAUUUACCAGAAAUGUAUGAUGUUGUUUGUAAGAAAAAACAUAUACCAUUAGAAAUUAAUUGGUCUAAUCCUCAAUAUACUGAAAAUGCAAAUUCAUUAUUCAUGAUUUUAAAAGAAAAUUGUGUUAAUUCAUUAAUUACUGCAGAAAUUGCAUUUAGAAUGCAAAUUUUAUCAUUAUCAAAACAAUUAACUAAUUUAGCUGGUAAUGCAUGGGCUCAUACUUUAGGUGGUACAAGAGCUGGUCGUAAUGAAUUUAUUUUAUUACAUGAAUUUAAUAGAAAUGAUUAUAUUGUUCCAGAUAAAGAAACUCGUCAACAAAGAUUAGCACAUCAACAACAAUAUCAACAACAAUCUUCAGAAGAUGGUAAUGAUGAACAAGUUUCAAAUAAUAAUAAAAAAUCCAAAUAUCAAGGUGGGUUAGUUUUUGAACCUGAAAAGGGUUUACAUAAGAAUUAUAUCUUAGUUAUGGAUUUCAAUUCUUUAUAUCCAUCAAUUAUUCAAGAAUUUAAUAUUUGUUUCACUACAGUUGAUAGAGAUUUAAAUAAUAUUGAAACAUUACCAGAUGUUCCACCAACAGGAUCUGAUCAAGGUGUUUUACCAAGAUUAUUAUCAACUUUAGUUAAUCGUCGUCGUGAAGUUAAAAAAUUAAUGAAAGAUCCAACUGCUACAAUGAUUGAAAAAGCUCAAUACGAUAUUAAACAACAAGCUUUAAAAUUAACUGCAAAUUCUAUGUAUGGUUGUCUUGGUUAUGUUAAUUCAAGAUUUUAUGCUAAACCAUUAGCUAUGUUGGUUACAAAUAAAGGUAGAGAAAUCUUAAUGGAUACAAGACAAUUAGCUGAAAGUUUAGGUUUAAGAGUUGUUUAUGGUGAUACUGAUUCUGUUAUGAUUGAUACAAAUUGUGAUGAUAUUAAAGAUGCUACUAAAAUCGGUGAAGAUUUUAAAAUUAAAGUUAAUGAAAGAUAUAGAUUAUUAGAAAUUGAUAUUGAUAAUGUUUUCAAAAGAUUAUUAUUACAUGCUAAAAAGAAAUAUGCAGCUAUGAAUGUUUCAUUUGAUAAAAUGGGACAAGAAAAUUCUGUGUUAGAAGUUAAAGGUCUUGAUAUGAAACGUCGUGAAUAUUGUCCAUUAUCAAAAGAGAUUUCAAUUUAUGUCUUAGAGAAGAUUUUAUCAGAUUUAGAUCCUGAAUUAGCAUUAAAUGAAAUUUAUUCAUAUUUAGAAGAUAUGACUUCUAAGAUUAAAAAUAAUGAAAUUAGAGCUGAUAAAUUCAAGAUUAAUACAAAAUUAUCAAAAGAUCCAUCAUCAUACCCAGGUGCUAAAAACAUGCCAGCAGUUCAAGUUGCAUUAAGAUUAAGAGAACAAGGUAAAGUUAUUAAAGCUGGUAGUGUUAUUACAUUUGUUAUUACAGAAGGUGAAGAAGGUUCACCAGCUGAAAGAGCAAGAGCUUUAGCAGAAUUAUUACCAAAAACUUCAACAUUAAAACCAGAUGCUAAUCAUUAUCUAGAAAAACAAAUCUUUGCACCAGUUGAAAGAUUAUUAGAAAGAAUUGAAGGAUUUGAUGUUGUUAGAUUAGCUAAAUCCCUUGGAUUAGAACAUAGAUCUAAACAAUUAAGCAAUAGAAGUAAUAAUACCAAUGGUGGUAUUAAUGGGAUUUUACAACCAUUAGAAUCAACAAUUUCAGAUGCAGAAAGAUUUAAAUUAUCAAAACAUUUAUAUUUAAAUUGUAAAUGUGGAUCACAUUUUAAAUUUGGUGGUAUUGUUUCAUCAAAUGAUUAUCAAAUGACAUUUAAUGGAAUUCAAUGUAAAAAAUGUAUGAAUCAAUUAAAUACAUUAAAUGUUACAAGUCAAUUAGAACAAAGAAUUAGAUCAUUUAUAUCAAAAUAUUAUCAAGGUAUUGUUAUAUGUGAUGAUUCAACAUGUGGUAUGAUUACUAAACAAAUUUCAGUUUAUGGUAAAAGAUGUUUAUCAAAUGGAUGUAAAGGAGUUAUGAGAUAUCAAUAUAGUGAUAAAGAGUUAUAUAAUCAAUUAUUAUAUUUUGAUUCAUUAUUUGAUGUUGAAAAAAAUAAAAAUCAAUCAUUAAGACCAUUAUAUGAAUCUGAAGAUGUUACAAAACCACAAGAAUUAAUUAAAGGACAAAUUGAUGCAUUAAGUGAACAAAAUCGUGAUAAUUUUAAUGUUUGUAAAUCAAUUGUUCAAAAAUAUUUAAGUGAUUGUGGUCGUCGUUAUGUUGAUUUAGGUAGUAUGUUUGAUUUUAUGCAAAAAUAA